CUGAGGUCUACUCAGUAACCGUUUUUCCACCAAGACGUCCAAUUCAGCUGAAAUGCAUUAAAUGAAGUGGACCUAAACCUUUUCACCAACAACAUCUCCACUUGAUGAAAGACAUUAAUAAGUCUGUGUGUGUUCACAGGAUGAAAGGGAUGAGUCUCUUCUCUGAUGUGAGUACACAGCGACGUGUUUUUGGCUGGGUUUCCAUCAUCUGGUUCACUGCAGGCAUCGCAGUCAGUCACGGGCUGGAGCUACAGACCGUUUCCCAGGUGGCAGCACGGUGUGGAGAAAAUGUGACACUGACAUGUAAUGUCAGCUCACCAGGCCUCGAUAUUAAAUACUUUUCCUGGCAUAAGAAUAAAAGUCUGUGUCAAAAUGACAACCAGCAUGAUGACCCCAAGGUUAAAUGUGAAUAUAUAGUCGAGCCGCCACAAAGCCUCACUCUGAUUCUCCUCAACGUGAUGCCCAGCGACCAGGGAAAAUACCUCUGCAUGCUGGGCUCCAGCCAUGGUGUGAAGUCUAAAACUACUGAUGUUAAAGUACAAGAUUGCCUUGAAACUUCUGGCUACAACAGAAAUGAGUCUUAUGCUGAGUGCUGGUUCAAUGGAGUUUACCCUGGUGGCGGCAGCGUCCGCUGGUCCCAAGGAGAGCUUAACUUCACGGCCCCUGCCUUCUACCAGAAAGAAGAAAUGGACCAUCAUGGACGGUACAAUAUCUUGAGUCAAUUAGAUGUCCAGAAAGGACAUUUGAACCAGCCGUAUACCUGCUCACUGUGGAUGCCUUCGACCAGUAAGGCACUUUUUAGUCACAAACUACAUGUGGUUAAGAAAUUGAAAGGGUCAUCAGAAAGCAUGGUCACGCUGCAGUGGAUCUGUUUGAUAAUGGAAAUCAUAAUGGUUAAAUGUAUGACAUAAAGGGAACAAACCAACAGAAUUCAGAUGUUGAAAUAAAAAGGAAGCCACAGAUUAAUUCAGUAAAUUAUGAAGUGUUGGGUGCAGUUUUGUUUUGUAUUCGUUGCAAUGGGUACAUUUAGUUUUUAACCCAUUGUUACCUGCAUUUAAGAGCUUAGGCGGAACUUCUGGGUAAAAACAAGAGUUUGUAGGGUUUUAAUUAGCAAGGGUCCAACAAAAAAUAUAUAUAUUUCACUGAUUAUUAAAUAUGUAACAGGAGGGGAGGCAGUCUGUUAGAGAAAGAUGAAUCUGAAGGCGUAUUUUGACCCCCACAAUUUGUGAAAACAAACUGCCACACUUAGUUAAAGGGCGUUUAGUUAUUAAAUGUUGUUUCAGAGGACUGGAAACACUAUUUUUCAGAAAAUAGGCUUUAGAAAUCUGCUGCUAUAUAUUUUUGUUAGAAAUUAAAGAUGCAGCCUUGUUUUAUACUCAUUGUAAACAGACCUUUUGCUUUUGUUAAACCUUCACCUCCUCCUUAUUGCCAAAAGGAGGCAGUCUUCUCGUGCAAGAGAAAUAACACACCUCUGGCCUUUGGUAAAUGCUGCAAAGGAGAGCAUCGGUAUUCUGAAUCUAUGAACACUGAAGGGGAGUGAUAGUUGUCAAAUAAAACUGAAAACAAAUCGUUGAAGCUUACAUUAUUCAUGUAAAGGACUAAGCAACAACAUGCAAGCCAAUACAAAUACAAAUUAAAUGACAAUGAUUAAACCAGAUUUGGAACAAUAUGCCAGAAAAUCCAAUCAUUUAAAAACUGUUAACCUUUUUUUGUUGUUGCAAUGUUUAAGAUGUGUUGUUCAUUCACAUAUUAGUAGAUUGAAAUCUGACGUAA